AUGGACUUUCAAUCCCCACAGAAUGCCAUGUACGAUCCCUCGAGUUUCAUCGACCCGAGCGCAAUCGCCAACUCGCAGAUGAACGGCUCGCGCCCCUAUAACCCCAUGCCAUCGGUGCCCCAGAAACGGGACUCGACCGGCGCCGCUCUUUCUCUAUCGCGCUCCCAGACGCCGUCGCAACCAGCCCAGUUCGGCUUCCAGCACCAGCAGGCCUUUACCAACACUCCAUCGCCCACCAUGCAGAAUCAGCAUUUCGCUCCCGGUCAGAUGGGCGGCCAGCGAAUGCAAACGGCCUCGCCCGCCCAGAACCCUCAUGCGCCGCAAAUGUCGCCCAUGGGCUUCCAGCAAUCGCCCAUGAACCAGGGAUUCAACGCGAACGCAGCGAACCAGUUUCCAGUCACGUCGGUGCAAUUGUCCCAAAAUCUUCAAAGCCGACAGCAGGAAGCGCAACGGCAGUACGCAAUGCGCCUGCAGCAGCAGCAGCAAUUGGGCAACCUAGCUGCAAGCAACAUGGCUGCGCGACAAGGCCAGCAGCCUGGAGGGCAAAUGCCUGGUGGGAUGCAGAAUCCCAUGCAACAACAUCCUGGCAUGCAGCAGAACAUGAUGCAUAACCAACAACAACACUCACAGCAGCAGCAACAGCAAAAUCCCCAGAUCCAGUACCAGCAAUUCCUUAAGAACGUCGCUGCCCUCAUGGCCCAGCAAAACCGACCCUUCCACGCCCAGCCACAAUGCGCUGGUCGCAUCAUUAACCUCCAGAAUCUCUACUCGGCCGUCAUACGCUUCAAAGGCUGUCGCGCCGUUACCCAGCAGAAUGGUUGGCCACGGAUUGCACAGAUGAUGCAAAUACACCCAGGUCAAUAUCCCAACGCCCCCAAUGAAUUGCGCCAAAUUUACGAGAACAAUUUGCUCAUCUACGAGACCGCUUAUGUCCAAAGACAACAGCAGCAAAUGCAACAAAAGGGCAUGCCUCUACAGCAGCAGAUGGGGCAGAUGGGACCAAUGGGAUCCAUGGGCCAGCAGAUGUCGCCGACGAGACCAACGAUGCCGGGCCAACAGAACAACGUCCCGGUACAACAGGAAUACCUCCAGCAAUUGCAAAGAACGGAGGCCGCCAUGAAGCAGCAGCAGCAGCAGCAACGGCAGUCGCUUCCGCCAACUCAGCCACCACACCAACAGCUCGAACCCUCUCCACACCCGCAACAGGCGACACCCCUACAAGGCAACGCAGUCCUCCCGAGCGUAAACGGCACUACACCACAACCAGACGGUCAUGCGCGGAAGAGCCUCAGCAGGCAGCUGGAAGGGACACCCACACAAGGACAAGAACCUAACCAAGCGCAAACUACACCGAUGAAACAGGAAGAGAACGCUGCAGCCACGGAUCCCAAUUCCGUUGCUGUCGAGGAGGCUGAGAAAAGAAAGCCAGUCAUCGAACAGGACGAUGGUACUAGGGUGUACCAGCCCGCCUACCGAACACAAGACACCUGGGGUGGUCUUGAUUUUGACUCUGAUAACUUCAAGAACAUGAUCGACACAAUCACAAACUACAAGCCAAAUUGUCCAAUGCUGCCAGAAAUGGGUGUCAUCGAUGUUCGAGCCAUCACGAUGAGCAUCAAGUCAGGACUUCACGCCGAGGCCCGUUUGGGGUUGGAUACGCUCACACGGAUAACGUACGACAACACCGUUCAGUUCAACCUGUCACAUUGCGAAGACUUGACGGAGGUGCUGGUAGAAUAUGCGGAAGAUUUAUUGGAAAUACUAGGAAACGACAACCCCGAAGUCACUGACAUCAUUGACCUAAUGCCGUACGAGGACGUCCUGCAUCAUUGCCGCGAAGAAGCUGCGUCACUACAAGAGCUCCCACAAGCUGGGACAAAGGAGCACCGCCUCGACCGUACCGCGGACCGGCUAAUCGCGAUUACCACAAUCUUCCGCAACCUUUCCUUCCUCGAGGUCAACCAUGACUCUUUAGUCAGCCCUCCAGUUCUCAAGUUUCUCGCAAACUUCAUCCGGCUUGUUGGUACACGGGUACUACUCCUCCGGUCACAUAUUAACACAUUCGACUUUAUGAAGGAUGUCGUCACCUUCUUUUCCAACACCAGCGCAAAAGUCGUCUUACCCAGCCGUGAAGACGCAUACGCGGUCCUGCAUUUCCUCUGUGCUUUUGCGCCGGUUCCGCGACCCGGCGAACCCAUCAAGUUCACACCUUUCAACCCUCAGAUCCAUCGUUAUCUUCCCUCUGCUGUGGACAGUCUGGCAAAGCUGCUCGCUCGCGAUGACCCCAACAGAAUGUACUACAAGGAGAUUUUCAUCAACGAGGCCACAUCCACACCAGCAUACGAUCUAUUAACACGUUCUUUUGCCCUCGCAAUCUCCGUCAUACCUGAUCGUAAUUACAUUGAGAACAAGAUGUACCAAAUGAAAGAGCCGCGACCCAAGGAAGUACGUAUGUUUGAAGCGCGUGUUGCAGAGUCAAGGAAAGCCUACCUUAUGCAAGGUAUGCUCGCAGCAGAUAUCCUCGCAGGUCUGGCUCCAGGACCCGAAACUGGCAUUUGCCGCGCGUGGCUCGAAUCUGAAGACGGCUGGGCACACAGUCUGCUAAAGUUCGCCAUGUCCCUUUCAGCUACCGACGCUGCUAUUCCUCAUCCUCCUCCACCACCAAACCACCGCGGCCAGCGACCCAUGGACCAUGACCGGGAAGGCUUCCAGCUCAUUGUCCACCGUGCGCUGUCUACCCUCAAGCGUUUAGGUGACAAGUCAAAGGGCGGUGAGCCAUUGGUAAAGGGCGUACAGCAGAUGAACGGAAACAUGAAUCACGAGGAGGAGGACAACGAGGACGAGGAUGAGGACGACAUGGAGAUUUUCAAUUUCAAUGGCAGUAGUUGGAGGGUCAAGGCUGAUAUCUUACCACGUAAAGAGACGCUACUUGGAGCGCUACUUACUGCACAAUUAGAUGUGCGCAGCCUGAACCAGUUUUGCAAGAUUGGGUAUUUGGACGAGUAA